AGCGAUAAACAUUGUAUAAAUAAAAGUUAAGGAUAAAAAUUAGGAAGAGUGCCGGCUUGUUUUAUAAAAUUUAUACUAAUUAUUUGCGAUGUAAUUUGCGCGAAAAGAAUAAGCCUAUAUAUUUAUAAUAUAAAAAUUUUAAGGUUGGUUUGCAUUUAAUUUAGAAAGUACAAAUAAUUUAAACAAAAUACUGACAACUUUAUAUCCAAUUACAAACUGAAGUGAGAGUUCUGAUUACAAACACACAUAUGUACUUAUCUAAACAUAUGAAGAGUACACAAUAAAACGUCCAUACCCCUGAUGAGAAUGUACCUAUUGGUUAGCUACUCUAUGCACCCAUCCAACUGUCUAGCCAUUCUAAGCUAGCGUUAGCCGCCGCUGCAGCCGCAAAUACCUGCAAAGUGUUUUUAUUAUAUAUAACGUAGCACUGAGCGUUUGACUGCAAACCAAACAACGUGGUCGUCGUCGUGCCAUGUUCACUAAAUUGGAAAUUCAGUGCUUUUGAACACUUAGCGGCGUCGUGAACUGAUCGCUCUUCAAGAACUCUUAAUCUGUUGAAAAUUUAAUAUUUUUUAAGAAAAAAAUGCACGCAUAGUGAAAUAAAAUAUAUUUAUGUAUGAUUAUCGAAAAAGAAAAAUAAUUUUUUCGACGUUCUUAUUGAAAAUUUGAAAUGUGAUUUAAAAUUGUAAUAGAAAAACUUACUCAUUACUAAUUAAUAUAAAUAAAUACAGAUGUUAAUGCGAUUAAAAGUGGUGUUUGUAAUAGAAAACCGGUAAAUAGUGAACUAAUACACUGACAAAUACUGGGAUCAGUGAAUAAAAAAACAAAAAAAAAUAUUUGCAUAUUUGUGAAAAAACCAGGAGUUCUAUAAAAAAGCCCUACAAUGUCCCAAUCAUCACUACCGCCACAGCCUACACAACCAAUACCCAUUGCGGUGAUAAAUCGUGGCACAACAGCGACAACAGCCGAACAGCGGCGUGCGAGUUUUGCGCGUCGCGCUGAGAGUUUGGUGGAGCGGGUGAGAGUAUUAAAUCAAAUUUACGAGGACGAAACUGCAGUCUUUUGCCAGCCACUUCAUCAUCGCACUGCGCAUUGGAGUUUUGCUAAAUAUCUUGUUAAUACGGACAAAAGUGGCGAAUUGACUGUUACAGUACAGGGCGACUUGACACAACAAGAAAAACGUGCGGUCUUCAUUACAGUCCACGAUCUGGGAUGCAAUCACAACUCAUUCCAAGAAUUUGUCAGCAGUCCAUGCAUGACGGAGAUUAAGGAGCGUUCCUGUUUCAUACACAUUGAUGUACCUGGACAUGCUGAUAAUGCUGAGCCCUUACCGGACAGCUUCCAGUUCCCUUCACUGCAAACACUGGGUGAGGAUCUUAUUACCGUUUUGGACUUUCUACAUGUAAAAUAUGUGAUUGGCUUGGGUGAAGGCGCCGGUGCUAAUGUUUUGGCUCGUUUCGGUUUGGCUCAUCCAUCACGAGUGCUCGGUUUGGUGUUGAUUAAUGCCACUGGCAGCGCUGCCAGCGUUUUACAAUCAUUCAAAACUAAGCUUAUACAAUGGAAAAAUGAUGAUAUUGCACAAUCGGCCGAAAGCUUUUUAAUGUAUCACAAAUUUGGGCAUGUUAUGGAGUUCCAGCAAUUGGUUGGUGAUAAUCCAGAUAAGGAAAAAAUCGUCUCCGAGUAUCAGAAGCGUUUGCACAGCACUUUGAAUAGCAAAAAUGUGGGACUCUAUGUCAAAGCUUUUAUGAGCCGUAAAGAUCUUACAUUGAAGGGCUGCAAAAUUGAUGUCAUCUUAAUCACGGGAAUGUUGAGCCCCUAUGCUUCGAUGGUUGAGAAAUUGCACAAAGAUGUGGAGAAGGAGAAGGUGACUAUUUUGAAAAUCGAACGCGCUGGCGAUGUUUUGGCUGAUGCGCCCGCCAAAGUAGCUCAAUCUAUUUUGCUCUUCUGCAAAGGUCAAGGCAUUCUAACCUCUGUGGUUAUGCCCGGCGUUGAUCGCGGACGCGCUUACUCCACAAGCUCCGGUGGUUCUGUGGACGGACAGAAUGGGUCACGUAAACUAUCACGUGGUGUCUCUAUGGAAGAUUACGACAAGCCAAAUAUACGCCGAUUGAGUAUUAUCAACAACGAAUCACCGAAGAAAUAAAUUUCGCGGUUAAGAAAAAUUAUUGAAAUGCAUAAAAAUAUUGUAUGUGCAGGCAUACCCAUACAUAAAUUUUUGUGUACAAAAAACUUGCAACAAUAUGGAUAUGCUAGUUAUAGUUCAAAAUAUUGUUAAGCUUGAAAUGUGUGGGACAGAAAUAUUACAUACAAUGCGCCCAAAAAUUACUAUAUUAUUUUUAAGCAAAAAAAAAUACAAUUAAUUAAAAAAAUAUUUGACGCUUCACUAAUCUUCAGCAUAAUAGAAAGAUUUAAAGGUGUUAGUUUAAAUUAAAUAUAUAUAUAUGUUUGUAUAUGAAAAUAAUGCCAAAAUUUAAGUGCUAAAUUAAAAAAAAUAUAACCUUUGAAUAUGCUAAUGCAGUAAACAUAUGUACCAUACAUGGUUAUAUAUUGAUAUUGAACCCCAUAUAUACAGCACAUACAUGUAUACACAGCUAUGCAAAAUAAUGAAAUCACUUCAAAAACCUAAAAACGGUUAAAUUAUUUGAAGAGAAUCACGCACUUAAUCUUUAUUGCAUGAUGCAUCAAUGGAUAUUUAUACAGAAAAUAAAUAACAGUUUCAUAAAUAAACUAAAUUAAGAAAUGUUUACUUUUUGCACAUGAAAAUGAAAAAUUAAACCCACCUACAACGAAAAAGUGACCAAACAUAUCUCCCAAAAACAUUGUUCGAAAAAAAAUCCAAAAGAAUAAAAAGCAACUUAUGGAAAAUUUAGCAACUGUGAACUACACGUAAUACCUCCAAUGUUAACAAAAACAAGACCUUUCAAUUAACAAAGUACACCGAAAACACUUAUCGAAUUUUGCUUUUUUGUACAAAAUUUUCAAAACAAAUGUAAUCAAACGUUUUUGAACGCCAUUUUAUUUACAAUUCCAGAGAUUGUUAAGAAAAAUGUUGUAAACGAUGAACGUAUUCUCUGCAAAUUUGUAAAAGCACAAAGAGAUUAUAAAAAAUUCAUUAAUGUAGUAACAGCUUGUUCUUAAAUAUAACUCGUUAUAUGCUUACGAUGUUAAAAAUAAUGUAGUCCAACACGCUGCAGCCAUUAAUAAAUAAAAAUACAUAUAUAUUCUAUAAUUACAUUUAUUAGAAAAUGUGUAUUGAAACUAAAUUGAACUUUAGCCUUGCAAAUUUUUCAUUUAAUGAAAACAGAAAAAUCCAGAAGAAGGAUGAGUUAAUAAUUACAGUACAUAAUUUUAUUUCCACAUGGAUUGGAGCAAAUAUUAAUUUGCAAUUAGAAAAAUAAAAAUUAUUUCAUAUAAAAAGCUAAAGUAUAUUUUAUUUAGAAAAAUGCAAACAUACAUAUGUAGGUAUGUAUAUAUAUGCUACUUACAUAUGCAUGCACAUAUUUAGAAAAUUUGUAUUUGCGCUUAAAUUCAAGUUAUGCUUAAACAAUCCAUACUGAGUGCAAUGUCACAAAGCCAAUAAAAUCACACAAAUCAAUAUUGAACAUAAAAUUAUAAUAAUCAAACAAUGUAUUGUAUUUAACUACCAAAACCAAACCAAACUUUAACUAGAAUCGCAUUAAAAGAGAAAUUCAAUAUCAAAUUCUGUAAUGAUAAGGUGUUUAGAGAAAUGUGAAAUUAAAUUGUUUAGAAAAAGUUUAUAAGGAACGUUAAAAA